CAUGGAAUCCGGACAGUUUACACUCAGUCCAAAUUCGGAAUACUCGUCGGUAUGACGAAGAAGUUUGUUAUAUUAUUCAUUCUCAUAAACUUUAGAAAUGGCCUAAUGGCGGACCAAAUAAUAUCACGAUCUAUAGCGAAAAUAACACAGAGCUUCGCAGAAAGCUUCAUCAAGCAUCCAAUAAUUACUUCAGCUACGUUUGCGAUAUCAAAUGCUCUCGCUGCUGGUGUUAAUUUGAUAACAAAAGUGCCGUAUGCGGUGUCGAGGGCGCUGGGCCCUAUCAAACUUUCUUCACAAGUCAGUAAGACUAACGUCGUAGAUUCUGUCGAUAAAUUCUUGACAGACUUCAACUCUGGAAAAACAAAUGAAGAUGCUACAAUGAGCAUUGAAGAUAUAUUUCGCAAGUAUGGAUAUUCUGUAGAAAGACAUGAAGCUACAACAGAAGAUGGUUUCUUGUUGACCAUGUUCAGGAUCCCCAGCAACGGCUCCGCGGUGUUCCUCAUGCAUGGGUUACUCGGUAGUGCUGACGACUUCAUGGUGGCAGGCCCCAGCAACGCCCUCGCGUACCUGCUAGCUGAUCAAGGUUACGACGUGUGGAUGGGCAAUGCUAGAGGCAGUAAGCAUUCGCGACGUCACACAAGCCUGCACCCCUCAAGUGCAGCAUUUUGGGACUUCUCCUGGCAUGAAAUAGGGAUAUACGACCUCCCAGCUAUGAUCGAUUAUGUGUUAGCCAAAAGAAAUACAAAAACUCUGAAAUACGCCGGCUUUUCUCAAGGCACGACAUCUUUUUUCGUGAUGACCUCUGAAAAGCCCGAAUAUAACGCAAAGAUAUCUGUUAUGGUUGCUUUGUCCCCCGUUGCUUUUAUGGCAAACGUGGUUUCCCCGGUUAUCCGACUGUUGGCACCGGGAACAUCAAUCAUACACGGUGCUUCGCAGACGUUUGGGGUGUAUGAAUUUUUACCGGACAGUAAAGCAAUUAAUACAGUUAAAUGGCAACUCUGCGGCACUGGCCCCCUAGCUUCGAUAUUAUGUAGCAACGUUUUAUUCCUAAUCGCUGGUUUCGAUUUUGGUCAGCUCAAUGUUACCAAUUUGCCUGUGAUAUUCGGCCAUAUGCCAGCCGGAGCAUCGGUGAAGCAACUUGCUCAUUACGGCCAAGGACUUAUAUCCCGGGAUUUUAGGCAAUUCGACUACGGUAGUGAUGAGAAUAUGAAGAGAUACGGUGUUAAAGUGCCUCCGAGUUAUGCAUUGGAUAAGAUAGUAGCGCCCGUGUGUUUGUUCUACAGUGACGCAGACUGGCUCGCACACACCACGGAUGUGGAGCUACUUAGUAAGAAGCUGAACAAUGUAGUUGACAAAUACAAGAUACCCUACGAGCAGUUCAACCAUUUCGACUUUAUUUAUGCAAAAAAUGUAAAAACUUUAGCUUAUAAACGGUUGUUGAAAGAUUUUUCAGAAUUCUAAAUAGUAUGAGUAAGUGAUACCUAAGUAUAGUGGUGUGACCCAUUGUGCAAU